UGCAGCCAGAGGCGGCUGGCGCUUCACCACUGAGCCGCGAUAGCUACGGAGGAGGUGAGCCGGCGGAGGCGCGCCUGGGGCUGCACUGCCCCAAAAGGUCAAGCUACCCCCGGGUUUUGGUGAAAAAAGACGAGCUACCUCUGACCGAGGUUGGGGAUCGAGAACAGCACGGCACUCCCGGGUUUGAAGCCAGAAAGUCGGGAGACAGAGCCGCGCGAACCUGCUUUAGCAGCAGCAGCAGCAGCAGCAGCAGCUAUUCCAGAGCCAGACUUGGGGCGCCCUGCGUCUCCCGUGCGCGGACAGAAGCCGGAGAGCUCCCCCGGAGAAGCCGACAGGAGCCGAUUCCCACAGUUCGGCCGGCGCUGUGCUUCGGCCGCCUGACAGACCCCACGGCCCUUGACCGAGCGCCGGAUGCAGAGCGCAGGCGGGCGCUGACGGGCACCGCCCCCGCCCGGGAGGUGGAGAUCCCCGCGCCCCGCCAACUCCAACAGCCACUCUCUGCUCCUUCGGCCCCUAUAUUACCGACACCCCCUCCUCCUUCCCUUUUCCCUCCUCCCUGGAGACAGGGGAGGAGAAAAGGGGAGCGCGGGUCACCAUGACUGAGGCGAAGGCAAAGGAUCCCCGGGCACCCCACGCGGCGGGCAGCGCACGCUCUCCUAGCGAGGUCGGGUCCCCACUGCGGGGUCGCCAGGACGCCUGUGCCUUCCGGGCGAGCCAGGCCUCUCAGGUCGCCUCCCCCGGGGUCUCCCUGGACGGGCUGCUCUUUCCCAGGCUCGGCCAGGGCCAGGAGCCCCCCGACAGCAAAGCUCAGGAGCGGCAGCCGCUGUUAGGUGUAGGUGUACAGGGCACGUACCCCGGCGCCGAGGCUGCAGGGGGCACAGGAGGCGGCGGCGCCGGCGCCCCCGAGAAGGACGGCGCGCUGCUGGACAGUGUGCUGGACACGCUGCUGGAGCCCUCCGGGCCCAGGCGGAGCCGCGCCAGCCCUCCCGCCUGUGGGGCGCUCAGCCCGUGGUGCCUGUUUGGCCCCGAGCUGCCCGAGGACUCACGGGGCGUCCCUGCACCCCGAGUGGUACUGUCCCCACUCAUGAGCCGGCCGGAAAACAAGGCUGGCGAUGGCUCCGGGGCGGGGGCGGCCUCCAAGAUGCUGACCCCCGCGCCACCGCCGUCCGGGCCACUGCUGCUCCCGCCUGCCGGGGGCGCCCUGUGGCCCGGGGCGGCCGCGAAGCAGCCUCCCCAGCUGGCCGCGGCGGAGGUGGAGCUGGACGAGGACGGCUCCGAGCCCGACGCGCUCUUCCCGCCGCUCGGCCUCAACGGGCUCCCGGGGCUCGGCUACCCGGCCGCGGUGCUCAAGGACGGCCUGCCGCAGGUCUACCCGCCCUACCUCAACUACCUGAGGCCGGAUUCAGAAGCCAGCCAGAGCCCCCAGUACAGCUUUGAGUCGCUGCCUCAGAAGAUCUGUCUUAUCUGCGGGGACGAGGCAUCAGGCUGUCACUAUGGCGUCCUCACCUGUGGGAGCUGUAAGGUCUUCUUCAAGAGGGCCAUGGAAGGGCAGCAUAACUAUCUAUGCGCUGGAAGAAAUGACUGCAUUGUGGAUAAAAUCCGCAGGAAGAACUGCCCCGCGUGCCGCCUCCGAAAGUGCUGCCAGGCGGGCAUGGUCCUCGGAGGUCGAAAGUUUAAGAAGUUCAAUAAAGUCAGAGUCAUGAGAGCACUCGACGGUGUUGCUCUGCCACAGCCGGUGGGCGUUCCAAAUGAAAGCCAAAGAAUCACCUUCUCACCAAGCCAAGAAAUACAGUUGGUCCCCCCACUCAUCAACCUGCUGUUGAGUAUUGAACCGGACGUCGUCUACGCAGGACAUGACAACACCAAGCCCGACACCUCCAGCUCUCUGCUGACCAGUCUCAAUCAGCUGGGCGAGAGGCAGCUGCUAUCUGUAGUCAAGUGGUCCAAGUCCCUGCCAGGCUUUCGCAGCCUGCACAUCGAUGACCAGAUCACGCUCAUCCAGUACUCCUGGAUGAGCCUCAUGGUCUUCGCGCUGGGCUGGCGGUCCUACAAGCACGUCAGCGGGCAGAUGCUGUACUUCGCACCCGACCUCAUCCUCAACGAACAGAGGAUGAAAGAAUCGUCGUUCUACUCCUUAUGCCUGACCAUGUGGCAGAUCCCGCAGGAGUUCGUGAAGCUGCAGGUCAGCGAGGAGGAGUUCCUCUGCAUGAAAGUGCUGCUGCUCCUGAACACGAUUCCUCUCGAAGGGCUGCGGAGUCAAAGCCAGUUCGAUGAGAUGAGAGCCAGCUACAUCCGGGAGCUCGCCAAGGCCAUCGGCCUGAGGCAGAAGGGAGUUGUUUCCAGCUCACAGCGCUUCUACCAGCUCACGAAGCUUCUUGACAGCUUGCAUGAUCUCGUCAAACAGCUUCAUCUGUACUGCUUGAACACGUUUAUUCAGUCCCGGGCCCUGGCUGUUGAAUUUCCAGAAAUGAUGUCUGAAGUCAUUGCUGCGCAGCUGCCCAAGAUCCUGGCAGGGAUGGUGAAGCCCCUUCUCUUUCAUAAAAAGUGAAUGUCAUAAGUUUCUUUCAAAACAUUAAAUUUCGUGGUUUGUA